AUGUCUUCCCCAGGCCUCUUCUCCAGACCAACCGAUCCGUAUCAUCACCCCAAAAUGUCCAACGCCCCAGCAUCUCGCCUCCUAAACGCCAUCAUCUCCUCACUCUCCGCCCUCCUCGGCCCCUCCCUCUGGUAUCUCUACCAAAACCUCACGCUCGACAUCCUCGGCAACGCGCCCAACGCCAACCUCUCCGUCCAGACCCUCCAGCAUAUCCUUCACAACCGCCCGGCAGCCAUCUACCUCCACAACGACCUCGCGCGCGCCAUGUGGACGGGUGAAGGAAACGACCUCCCGAUUAUACAGCUGCCAAGGUACGUCUCAGAGGCGAUUACCAAGAUGUAUUGGCAGUGGUGUGAAGAGAGUUUUGGGGGAGUGGUCGGGCUGAAGAAGUGGGAGAUGCUGGCGGAGGCGGCGAGGGAGGUGGAGGCUAGUGAUGGUGACGGUGAAAAGGGCAAGGGGGUGGAGGAGUGUGAGUUGGAAGGCGUUUUUGAAAGGCUGAGUUUGAAGUUGAGGGGGCAUUCCGUUACGCAGGGGGAUACGGAUGCUUUGUUGUCUGGGUUUGCAGCGAUGGGGUUGGCGUGA